AUGGAGCCUGGCUCACAGACGCCUGACGACUGUCAUCCGGGUCUCGAACAGGGCUCUUAUACAGUCGAGAAGCUGCGUCAUGCCUCCGCGAACCAUGUCCACUUAACGAACCGCCGAUUCUUUAUCGGGCCCAUACCCAAAAACUGGCUACAGAGUCAUCGCAAGUCUUGGUACAGGACUAAACUGAGCUUCCGCAAUUACAGAUCGAGAGCCGUUACCUUCUCAGCGGAAUCGGAUUAUGCGCACGACGCAGAGCCAUCAGCACCUGAGCCUCUACCGAUUGCGGCAGAGGAGGAUGAGCUGGAUACAGAAUUGGAACAGGAUAGCGGCGAGGAAACUCCGCGGGCGGCGCCAGAACUGAGAACCUUGACUCAUGAGUAUGAGGAGGAAGAUGAACCUCCGUCUCCGGUGCUCACCCGUGAUGGCGAAACACCCGGUACGAAAAAUGACUCGAGGUCGGCAUAUUUCACAGCAAGAGAAGGGACUGUGAGUCUCUCGACCAUAACUCCAGUACCCUCGGCAGCCGUGAAUAAUCAGUACCCAGAUUCAAGACUGCUAGCCGUGUCGCAGAGCGAGCAAGGGCGGAGCAUGUCUAGCCACCUCAAUGUUAGCCAACCAUCUCAGUCAGCCGCUCCCAGUGAGUCCGGCUCGACAGCGCCGUUACUGGGGGAGCCAAGGAACAAGGGCAAAGGGAGACAGCACAGCGUACCCUCCCCGACGCUGCAGCGACAUGAGCCUGAACGUGCAGUUUCCAGGGAAGGGGAAAAUGGGCUAGGGCAUAGGCGACAGGACACAACUUCCCGUUUCUCGCAGAUUGCCACUCGGCUGACUUUCAGUGAUAAUCUCCAUAAUAAACAACAGCGAAUCGCGUCCAAGAUUUCAAGGACGCAGGAGAGGGUACCGGAGUGGUUUUCACGGCGCAAGGUGGAAGCUGGCGAGGUUAUCAAAGCAGAGAAGAUGCUGGUCCGAGUUGAGGAGACGAUCCAGGAAGAAUUGCCCGAGGAUUAUAGCGAGUUCGACAGUUUGCGCAUGGAAACGCGGGUGCAAGAUAAAUGGAGAGAAUUCCUCGUGGUUUGCCGGUCAACAUCCAACAAGGAAGCUCCCUUUACGUUGCAGAUGUACAAGACGCGCGUUGUGCCCAAAAUCCAGGAACAAGGAAAAGCUUCUCCUUAUCACGAGAUCGCCCUUGGCCGAAAGUCGUCAAAAGUUAACCUUUACUCGGCGCUGGAUAAGACAAUCGCGGUUUGGAACAAGUCGAAGCAUGGAACAACCAUUUAUAUUUUGCGACCCAAAUCCUCAGCUCGUGCGGUGGAAUGGUAUGCCUUCAUUGCUUACACCAUGGGUAGACGCCGUGCCUCCUCGCUUGGGAUCAAUGUUCCGGACCUUGACGUUUCUUUAGUAUUCAACAACCCAUUCAGACAGUUAGGGACUUCUGGCAACUCUGAACAAGAGGGUGCCGACGCAAGUUCCAAGCAAGCGUCUGCGUAUUACUCAAUAAUACAGGGUUGCUUGAAGAUGCUCGAAAAUCACCCGGAAUGGUCUGCGGUCAUGGAAGAGUGGGCGAAGACAGAAAGAAUCGGACUUGCCUGGAAACGGUAUGAUCGAUUAGAAUGGAUAUACGGCGCCAACGAGGAAGAAAUGUAUGGCUCGGUCGGAAUGCAGGGAACUCACGAGCUCGAGCUACGGCCGAAACAACACUAUGACAACUCUGUAGGGUAUGGAGCAAACAAGAAGGAAGAGCCCGCGCCGGUAGAGGGUUUCUUGAUCCGACUUACGUCUCAAAAAGGGGCACAUCAGCGGAUGAACAGGAUGUUUUCAAAACGUCUCUACUUUUUCUGCCAAGAUUAUUAUCUACUCUUCUGCAAGCCAUCGCAGGCGCUUCCUCCUACACCACCACGGCUAAGCGCACAGGACUCCGAUAUCCCAUCGACCCAGGAAAUAUUAGACGAAACCCCUCUCUCGUACGAGAUUGAUCCGUUCCCUUUGCAAGACGGGCAGAUUUCAUGGCUGUCCAAUGGUAAUGUAGAACACCAGAAGCGCCGUGACGAAGACGCCUACGCGCAGUUGCAGAGGAACAUCCACAACCUCAGCAAUGCCGACGGGUUCAUAAACUUGUGUCUUGUGCAAGAGGUACGCCUCAUCCCAGAGGACUCACCGACCACAUCAGAUACCCAGGGGAACUGGGACGGAGGAGUUGCGCAAUCAAACGAAGCGCCGCAACCGCAGGACGGAACCGCGGCCGAGGAGUCCACCGACAACGCUGGCUUCGAGAUGCUCCUUGAUAACGGUCUUGUAGUCCGCUUUCAGGCCUACAAUAGUGCGACCAGGGAUGAGUGGAUGCGGAGACUAGAUGCCCUAGUACAGUACUGGAAGGCAAGAACCGCGGCCGACGCAGCCGAACUCAAAGACACGCGGCAGCGAAAUCUCGAAAUCCUAGGCAUUGACGAGGAGAUAGAGUCGCUAGUAGGACAGUACGCGAAGAAGUGGGAAGUCAGAAAGGCGGAAGCCUCCCCUCUCUUGCACAACAUGUGCUCGUUGACAGGUUGCCGACCGAUCAAGAUGUCUGGUCUUUUGCACAAGAAACCGCGCCGCCACACCACAUUCAAACGCUUCCAUGUUGUGCUUACCUCCGGCAAACUUCUGGUAUAUCACAGCUCUCUACGCAAACGAAAUGGUUCCGAAAUACCCCAUAUUCACUCCACGCUCGAGUCUAGCAUCGAUCUCGAAAACUGCUACAUCUACUCGGGCCUCAUCACGGAAAACGACCUGCUUUACUCAAAUCAGACAUUUGACAGUAAUCAUCCAGGCCACGGGGCCUUGCCGCGAGUAUACCUUUCCUCGGACGUUUAUACCAGUAGCGACGAGGACACGGCGAUUACGUUUGUGAUUUGGCAGCCUAUUCGCAAAGGGCUUUUCCGGGCGCAACAGCGCGAGUUAGGAAGCGGCGACAAUGGGGACGGGAGUGGUAGCGGAAGGGUGAAGACGAGGCAGACGCUGAAGCAGGUUUCCAAGCUGGGAGUUCAUGGGAGGACAAUUGUGUUCAAGGCAAGGAGUCGGGUGGAGAAGGAUCGGUGGGUGUUGAGUAUUGCGGCUGAGAUUGAUCGCUUGCAAGAGGGGAAGGCGGAGGAUGUGAGGUUGACUACGCCGUAG